CACGGCUGGUCACGUGACCCGCAUCAUCAGCCAGCGCACCGCCAGCCAUUCUCUCGCGGCUUCGUCUUUUGCUUUGGCUCCGAUGUCGGACGGGUUCGCUCCUGGAAGAAAUGGACUCUGGCAAUGCACGAAUUUGAUCGGUCAGAGAUCCGACCAGUUGAGGCUGUGAAUGGCGCCAAAACAGGACCCUAAACCGAAGUUUCAAGAAGGUGAAAGAGUCCUGUGCUUUCAUGGCCCACUGCUCUAUGAGGCAAAGUGUGUGAAAACCAGCAUAAAGGAUAAGCAGAUUAAAUAUUUCAUUCACUACAGCGGGUGGAACAAAAACUGGGAUGAAUGGGUUCCUGAAAGCAGAGUUCUCAAAUAUGUGGACAGCAACCUCGCAAAACAAAGAGAGCUUCAAAAGGCCAAUCAGGAUCAUUAUGUUGAGGGAAAGAUGAGGGGUUUAGCACCAAGCAAGAAAAUUGCUGCUGUGCAGCAGAAAAAUGUUGAACUGAAAGUUAAAAAGGCAAAACAGAAAACCCCAGGGCCGAGUGAAGGAACCAGCAGUGGAGAAACUCCACAGGCACCACGGAAGAAGCGGGCUCGRGUCGAUCCCACUGUGGAGAGUGAGGAGAUGUUCACCAACCGUGUGGAGGUGAAGGURAAAAUCCCAGAGGAGCUGAAACCCUGGCUGGUGGAUGACUGGGACCUCAUCACACGGCAGAAACAGUUAUUCCAUUUGCCUGCCAGGAGGAGUGUGGAGGUGGUUUUAGAGGACUAUGCAAACCACAAGAAAUCAAAAGGAAACUCUGACAACAAUUCGCAUCGGAGCCAUGCUGGCCUACACGUUACUCGAUGAGAAGAGCCUGGCUCUGCUGCUCACUUACCUCCAAGACUUCCUCAAGUACCUGGUAAAGAAUUCAGCCACCCUCUUCAGUGCCAGCGACUAUGAGGUYGCACCCCCAGAGUACCACCGCAAAGCUGUGUGAGAGCACUGAGCAACAUCACAUCACCACGCUGUCAGGUUACAAGAACUUUAAAAAAAAAAGCACUACUACACUUUGGAGUGCAGGCUGAGAUGGACUUUGUUCACUUGAACUGAUGGAUUUUAUCCUGAAAAGAUCCAAGGGGCUUGUCACAGUUAAGAGAUUAAAAAAAUCAUCUACCUUUUCAAUUUUAUAUCACUUUGAAAGAAAAAAAAUGUCAGUCAUUUCGACAAGCAGCUUUGUCGUAUUUGUUUUUGUGUUCCAGCUGAGGUGCUUGUUACUCUUGCAUGUGUGUAAUUAUUAAUGUUUCUUCUACCACAUGAGGUGCAACUCAAUGCUGGACGACACGGUUGCAGCCACUUACUGAUGUUUUUUGUAUCUUGUGCAUUUGUAUCAAUUUGUUAAAAAAACAGUUUCUACACAUCUUUUUAUUGUUUGUUCUGUUUUUCUUGUUAAUAUCUUGUAAGAUACUUGUCCUUCAAAAAAAAUGCAUUUUUCUAAAUGUGACUAACUGAUGAACGAAGGUAAACGCAGCGACUCCCUGCAGCCUCGGAGCUCAUCAGAUGUCAGGAUGGAUUCUGGAAAAUGGGCUUUUCAGUUUUGGCUGACAAGACAGAGAGCAAUGGCAUUCAUUGUUUUAAGCACAUAUACAUUCUUAUAUAAAUGUGUAAAAGUCAUCAAUUCAAGUCUGUGUUUAUGCUGAAAAUAUAAAACAUUUUAAAAUUUUAGCAACAAUAAAUGUUGAACUAAU